AGUUCAUUUCAUAUCCAGGUUUUUCAUCCAAUAGGACUGUAGGGGAAAGACUACAUCUGGUCGGGCUGGGCUGAGUAAACACAUUUUAGCAACAGAAGUGACACAUUUAGAGAACAAAUCCCACAAGGGUUGAAAAUAACAGCAAAAGAUUUGGACAUGUGGUUGCCUUUGCUGCUGCUAGCUUCAGUAGUCACUCAGGCUACUGCAUCUAGAGCCCGAGAAUGGGCUCAUCAUGGGGCCUCCAUGUUUGCCGAUCUCUCCCCUCAAGAAAUGAAUGCAGUGAGAUCCUAUCUCCACUCUUGCAAUGAGCUGGGCCUUACUUCAGCACGAAGCAAAACCCUCAAAAAGAACAGCAUCCUCCUUAUAGAGCUACAUGUUCCUCGAAAGCAUGAGGCCCUCAGAGCACUGGAUAGGGGACAGGCAAAACCAUCACGUCAGGCUCGUGUGGUGGUACAAUUUGCCAACCAGGCCCAGCCUAAUAUAACCGAAUACAUUGUUAGUCCUUUGCCUUUUCCAAAAUCCUAUCAUCUCAAGACCUUCAAAGGUGAACGACAGAUCAACUUUGAGUCCCGGCCAAUCACAUCUGUAGAAUACGGGCAUGUAGAAGGCAUCUUGGACAAAGUUGCAAAGAAAGUAAACAAAAUUCUGUAUGAGAGCACAGGUUUUACAUUAGGAAAUUGCACCAAUCGAUGCUUAACAUUCUCAGACAUAGCACCUCGUGGACUGGGACUUGGAGAGAGACGAUCAUGGCUCAUGUUGCAGAAAUUUGUAGAGGGGUACUUCAUUCAUCCUGUGGGUUUUGAGAUUCUUAUCGACCACAAAGACCUGGAUCCAGAGAAAUGGACUGUGGAAAAAGUGUGGUACAAUGAGCAAUAUUUUGACAGCCUAGAUGAGCUAGUGGAGAAAUAUGAGAAGGGAAUGGUCCCUAAACUCAAGCUGCCUGAGCAUGAUGAAAAUGAUCUAUUUUCCACCUACAUCCCUCGCGGUCAUAGCAACACACGCACAAAUAUCCAUGGACCAAAGCUUGUGGAGCCUCAAGGCACCAGAUACCAGGUAGAUAAAAACUUUGUGGAGUAUGCUGGAUGGUCAUUUGCUUACCGUGUCCGCUCAUCCGCUGGCCUGCAGAUCUUUGACUUGCGUUUCAAUGGUGAGAGAAUUGCCUAUGAAAUCAGCCUGCAAGAAGCUAUUGCCUUCUACUCUGGAGACACACCAGCUGCAAUGCAAACAAAAUACAUUGAUGCUGGCUGGGCCAUGGGAACCUCUGAUUUUGAGCUUGCACCUGGUAUUGACUGUCCUGAAAUUGCCACUUUUGUAGACAUGUACCAUUUCUAUGACACAGACAAACCUGUGAGGUAUAAGAAUGCACUAUGCAUUUUUGAGAUGACAACAGGCAUGCCUCUUAGGAGACACUUCAAUAGCAACUUCCAAGGAGGCUACAAUUUCUUUGGGGGUCUUGAAAACCAUGUUCUUGUGAUAAGAACCACAUCCACCGUUUACAACUAUGACUACAUCUGGGACUUCCUGUUCUACCAGAAUGGAGUAAUGGAGUCUCGGGUCAGUGCCACAGGGUACAUACAUGCUACAUACUUUACAGAAAAUGGACUGAACUAUGGUACCAGGGUUUACAACUAUGUUCUCGGAAAUCUGCACACACAUCUUGUUCAUUACAAAGUGGAUCUGGACAUUGCAGGCCGAGACAACAGCUUUGAAUCCAUAGAGCUAAAAUAUGUCAAUUUCACCAACCCCUGGAGUUCCCAACACACCAUCAAACAAGCCACCCUCUCCAGGACACAACAUGAAACAGAGCGUAGUGCUGCCUUCCGCUUUGGAAAAAUGUUCCCUCGUUAUUUACACUUCUACAACCCCAACCAGAAAAACAAGUGGGGGCACCAGAGGGGCUACCGUAUUCAGUUCAACUCACAUGCCAACAGUGUACUGCCCCGGGGCUGGAGAGAGGAGAAUGGUAUUCCAUGGUCAAGAUAUCCUUUGGCUGUAACAAGACAUAAGGACAGUGAGCCCACAAGCAGUACCAUCUAUACCCAAAAUAAUCCAUGGGAACCCGUUGUUUCAUUUGAGGACUACAUCCGCAACAAUGAAAACAUUGUGAAUCAGGAUUUGGUUGCCUGGGUUACUGUGGGUUUCUUACACAUUCCUCAUUCUGAAGACAUUCCCAAUACAGCAACUCCAGGAAACUCCGUUGGCUUCUUCCUUCGACCAUUCAAUUUCUUCAAUGAGGACCCAUCACUAUCUUCCUUCAACACGGUCAUUGUGCGACCAGAUAAAGAGGGUAAACCAAAAGUUCAGAGGUGGACGCCAGAAAUUGUAGGUCACUGUGUCUCGGACAAGCCUUUCUUCUACAAUGGCACAUACGCUGGAGUCUAGAAUGGUGUAUAAAAGAUUAUAUCAGUAUUGUUCUUUAAGCCUAAGGUAAAUUGCAUGAAGAGUUGUACACCAUUUUCUGACAUGCAUAAAAAAAUUAAUCAUACUUAACUAUAUAGACUCUAACUAUAUGUGUAAAUAUAAAUGGAUGCAGGUUUGACACAAACUUAAUCUCAGUAACUAUAUAUAAAAUGUGUAGGGACUGCAAACACUUUCAAAGUUUAUCUUUUAAACUUUAUCAAAUGUUUCUUGUGUCCAUUUCUGGCUGUCUUUUUAUUUUCAAAGACAUACAAAUAAAAUUGCUGGGACACCAGCAUAUAAAUCAG